AUGGACUUCUAUGUCCGGUCCGCAAGCAUCAUCGACAAACUCAAUGCCGGCCAGGGAUCGCUCAAAGGCCUCGCAACGCUCCACGACAAGCAAGGCGACGGCAGACGACUCAUCGCUCUCGUCAUUGAGACUCUGAAAUACUGGCCGUCACUUCAAGCUGUCCUCGCAGCCACGGAUCUCCUCGACCGACAGGCUCGACAGCUCGCGCACUACAAGCUUUCUGAGCGAUCUGCCAAAGAUGACAAGGUCAAGUCAGACAGACUGCCAAAGCCCGCAACCCUUGCCGCCGUGCUCGCGCACGACUUGCUCUUCUCAAAGAAAGGCGUGCUCGCUCUGCCGAAAUCGCAUCGCAUCGCUCAGAUCAUGCAAGGACACGCGGCUCAGCUCAGAGCCGAGAAAGAGCGCUUGAAGAUUCGUACGGGCGCUGGUAGCGAUGCUGCGCUGCAAGUCAGUCAGCCUAGCGUUGCCCAUGGAAAGGGCAAGAGCCGUGAGAUUGACGAUGAGAGGGAUCCCGUGCUGGGCAAGACACGAUGGAUGCGUAUCAACUUGCUCAGAUGGACUGUAGCGGAAGCGCUCGAUUGGCUCGCGCAGAACGGCUGGCAACUUGUCGAAAAAUCACAAAACAGUUUGCAGCCGCUACAAAUUCAUCUGGAUGGCGAGAUACCCUCACUGCUCGCGUUUUCCCGCGCGCUCGAUCUCGUUUCCUUCGCGCCAUACCAAGGUGCCCUGCAAUUCAUCCAUGGCCGACUGAUAGCUCAAGACAAGGCAAGCUGCAUGCCUGCUCACCUCCUCUUGACUGCAUCACAGAGACCUGGACUGGUCAUCGAUGCUACUGCUGCACCAGGCAACAAGACGACGAUGCUCGCUGCCGGCCUGCCGCCGGGCGUACCCAUCAUGGCCUUCGAACGCGACAGAGGUCGUGUAGAGACUCUGAAGAAGAUGUGUAACAUCGCCGGCUGCGGCAAAGGCUCGACGCAGGCCGUACGGGUCAUCAAUCAUGAUUUCAUGAAGGUCAGAGCCAAAGAUCUGCCUUUGUUCGAGGGCAAUCUCUUCGUUCUUGUCGAUCCUUCAUGCUCCGGCUCUGGGAUCAGAGCGCGUCUGGAUCACCUCAGCCAGUCAGGGCAGGACGACACGCCAGACCGACUGAAAGCGCUCUCUGGCUUCCAGACGGCUAUACUCUCGCAUGCCAUGCGUUUGCCUCGGGCCAGCCGGAUUGUCUACAGCACCUGUUCGAUCCAUCGGGAGGAGAAUGAAGAUGUCGUCAUGCGCGUACUGGCCAAGCCCGAAUUUGUGAAUCAAGGCUGGGAGCUCUUACCUCGGUCUCAAGUCUUACCCAGCUGGACUCGGCGCGGCUUGGUCGAAGCAUGCAAGGGCUCUCAGGACCUCGCGGACGGCAUGAUCCGCUGCGAUCCCGCUCAGGGCGAUGAUAGCAACGGCUUUUUUGUCGCCGUCCUCACGCGAACGACUGAAGACGUGGACGCUGGGAUGCUGCCCUCGACAGAGCAAGAGACGCUCUCUCCUGCAGCUCUCCCGGCGAGCUCGAAGAGUGCUCUCCGAGACGACACUGAUCCCUUGGGCGAUCUCGACGUGCUCACAUACUUUGUAUUCGGCAAUCAGCUAGCGCAAGAACGCCUCAAGCGUCGCCGUCUGAGAUAG